AUGCUGGAUGGCAAGAUUACAAAACCCAAGAGUAAGAAUGCUCCAGUCUCUAUGAAAGAGACAGAACGGAAAAGGCGACAGGUGUUUAAACCAAUUCUUGAUAAUCCGUUCACGCAAUCAAAUACAUGGCCAUAUAUAGAGCCGCAACUUGGAGAGGACCUUACGACUAUACUUACGAAAACUCUAUCUUGUAUCGGGAAAUAUAACUUAGCAGUUUCAGAGGCCAACACGAAGAAAUCAUUAGCAAGACCGUCGAUUCCAGAGAUAAGGAGCAACUUGACAAUCGGAUUCAAUUCAACAGUGGAAGCUUUAGAAAAGCAAGCUGGAAUAUAUAGAACGAGCUCCAAGAGAAAGAAGCAAAAGCCUCACGAUAAUAUAAUUAUCAAGUAUGUAUUUGUGACCAAGUUUGAUAUCAAGCCAUCAAUUUUAACGGAAUCGUUUCCUGUCUUGACAUACACUGCUUCAAGGUCUAAAGAAGAUAGGGUGAAGCUUGUACAACUCCCAAAAGGAAGCAUGGCUAGAAUAUCUGAGGCCCUUCAUAUUGAUCAUACGGGGAUCAUAGGAGUCUCAUCAAAGGUAUCUGAAUUGAGUGCCCUAUGCUCUUUAGUAGAGUCUAAAGUCGGCGAUGUUCAAAUUCCAUGGUUAGAAGGUUUGCUACAUGAAGAUGAUAAUUCAAAUUUCAGUAAACCUGUGAUUAACUUCUUGAACACUUCAGCUCCUAUACAAAGCAAAAACAAUAAGCAGUCAAGCAAGAAGGAAUCGAAAAAGUAA